CCAACAGCGGCAGAAACCGGAAGGAGUAUAGCGGCAGUUCCGGUUGCAAAUGUGUAAAGAUGUCGGCGUCCGUAUUUAAUUUUGUCGAAGCUAAAGACAAAUUUACGGCUUCUGCUAGAUUUGCCCUAUCUAGUAAAACCAGCAAACCUUUGAUAAAUGCUUUCAACCAGAUCAACGGCAAUGAGACGGAAAAGAAAACCACUCUUGACCAGGCUCUGAGAGGUUCUCUUGGUGAUCAGAUUAUUGAGCAGAAGGCGAGCUGUGAUGACUACCUGUCCCUCAUCUACCUGAGUAUUGACGCCGUUAAAGAGGGUAUCUGCUCUGCUACAACACCUUUCCUGCUGCUGGGAGAUGUAUUGGACUGCCUUCCUCUUGACCAAUGUGAUAAAAUAUUCUCUUUUGUCGAGGAGAAUGUCUCCACCUGGAAGUCGAACUCCUUUUACACUGCCGGGAAGAACUACUUGUUGAGGAUGUGUAAUGAUCUUUUGAGGAGGCUGUCCAAAUCUCAGAAUACAGUAUUCUGUGGGCGAAUCCAGCUUUUCCUGGCACGCCUCUUCCCUCUGUCGGAGAAAUCAGGUCUCAAUCUACAGAGCCAGUUUAAUCUCGACAAUAUAACAGUUUUCAAUAAAAAUGAACAAGAAAGCACUCUGGGCCAGAAGCACACAGAAGAAAAGGAAGAUGGUAUGGAGGUGGAGGAAGGAGAAAUGGGAGAGGAUGAGGCUCCUGCACCAUGUUCCAUUCCGAUCGACUACAACUUGUACAGGAAGUUCUGGACACUGCAGGACUACUUCAGAAACCCUGUGCAGUGCUACGAUAAAUUCUCUUGGAUGACGUUCCUAAAGUACUCCGAUGAGACCUUGAUAGUAUUCAAGAGCUACAAGUUGGAUGACAUGCAGGCUUCUAAGAGGAAACUGGAGGAGCUGAGAGCAUCUGGAGGAGAACAUGUCUACUUUGCCAAGUUCCUCACAAGUGAGAAGCUGAUGGAUUUGCAGCUCAGUGACAGCAAUUUCAGGCGGCACAUCCUACUUCAGUACCUCAUUCUCUUCCAGUACUUGAAGGGUCAGGUCAAGUUCAAAAGCUCCAACUGUGUUCUGAAUGAUGACCAGACUACGUGGAUAGAGGAGACAACUGAACUUGUUUAUCAGCUGCUGAGAGAGAUCCCUCCUGAUGGAGACAAGUUUGCCACCAUGGUUGAGCAUAUCCUCAACACAGAGGAGAACUGGAAUUCCUGGAAAAAUGAGGGGUGCCCUAGCUUUGUCAAAGAAAGGACAGUAGAUGACAAACCCAAAAGACCCAGCAGGAAAAGACAAGCACCAGAAGACUUCCUUGGAAAAGGGCCAGACCGCAAGAUCUUCAUGGGAAAUGAUGAGUUGACUCGACUGUGGAACCUGAACCAGGACAACAUGGAAGCCUGCAAGUCAGACAGCAGAGAGUUCAUGCCAUCACUGGAUGAAUUUUUUGCAGAAGCCAUUGAACAGGCCGACCCUGCUAACAUGGUGGAGGACGAGUACAAGGUAGUACGGAACCCAAACUACGGCUGGCGUGCUCUGAGGCUGCUGUCCAGGAGAAGUCCACACUUCUUUCAGCCAACUAACCAGAAGUUCAAGAGCCUGGCAGACUACCUAGACAGCAUGGUCAGCAAACUGGCCAAAGAACUGCCGAAGGAUAUCCCUUCUGAAGAGAUCAAGACAGGAGAAGAGGAUGACGACGACAAUGGAGACAAUCUUCUCAAAGACAGCAAUGACAGUCCAAGCAUACAGAGCAAGUUGGUGACAAACCAGCAGAUGGAUGACAUAGCAGCCAAACUAGGCUCUCAGUGGAAGAUGCUGGCUUCUCCUUUGGAGAUGAAGGCGGCAGAGUUGCGGGAGAUCGAAACAGACAGCGAAGAUGUUGACAUGCAGGCCAAACUGCUGCUUGUAGCCUGGCAAGACAGAGAGGGAACACAAGCUACUGUGGAGAACCUGAUCACAGCUCUUAAUGCUGCAGGAUUCUCCCAGAUUGCAGACAGCCUCAGUGAGGCUUAAAGAUCAUUGAUCAUUUGUUACUUAAAUCAAUACCUAUUACAUUGUUGCAGCAUUGAUUUUUCUUACAAAAAAAAACAAUUGGAUACUGAAAUUUUUGUAUGUAGUUUAAGUUGAAAACCCUGUUUGUUUUUUUUCCACUGUAGAAAAUCCAAUAAAUGUUUUUUUUUUU